CGGUUUCCGCUGACGUCAUCAGUGCGCGACACAAACAACUGCACCGGCGGCGGCGGCAUGAGGAGACACUUACGGACCGGAGCGACCCUGGUGGUGGGAGCCGGACUUGGAGCCGGGCUGAGCCGACUGCUGGGCCCCGGAGACCCGCAGGAGGAGCGGAGGAGGCUCGGUCUGCUGGACCGGGUCCCGGUGGUCCCGGUCCUGAGCGUCCAGGCCUCCGAACUGACGGUGAGUCUAGGUGGAUCCGGAGCCCUCAUGAAGUAAGGCUUCCCCUCAUUGGCAACGUCAAACCCAGAGAGUCCUACGUCACGUUCCUACGACCCCCGCACGCGCACUGCAUCAUGGGUAAUAGAGCGGCUAAACCCCGCCUCCCUGAGCGGGACGUCCGACAGGAAGUACUGUGAGUUCAAGGAGGACGACAGCGUGCACGCCUUUCCACCGCUCCACAACCAGGACUACAGAGGGAGUGGCUUUGACAGAGGUCACCUGGCUGCAGCGGCCAAUCACAAGUGGAGUCAGAAAGCCAUGGACGACACCUUCUACCUGAGCAACGUGGCACCGCAGAACCCUCACCUGAACCAGAACGCCUGGAACAACCUGGAGAAACUGUGUCGUUCUCUGACCAACCGGUACCUGAACGUGUUCGUGUGCACGGGUCCCGCUUACCUGCCCAGACCCGAGGCGAUGGGAAAUGUACGUGCGUACCAGGUUCUGGGUCGUAACCAUGUUGCCGUGCCGACGCACUUCUUCAAGGUGCUGAUCCUGGAGCAGAUGGACGGCCGGGGGGUGGAGCUUCGCUCAUACGUUUUUCCAAAUGAACCCGUUGACGAGAAGAUCCCCCUGGAGCGUUUCCUGGUUCCCAUAGAAACCAUCGAGCGAGCGUCCGGGCUGUUGUUUGUCCCGAACAUCAUGAGGAGGACCAGCAGCCUGCAGGCCAUCAGCGCCAAGUGAACCACAUUACCCACAAUCCUCCACUGAGCAGCAUAUGUCAUUCAACACAUAAUGACAAGAAAGGACACUGUUUGAUCCUCCCCUCCCCUCCCCUCCCCUCCCCUCUGGGUGUUACCACCUCCCUCUAGGGCUCAGACGUGGAACUGUGCUCAUAAACUCAUUUAACCUGAUGGUUUUAUGUCAUUUUCUUAAACACAGUUGAUCAGUUUCAACUUCAACUUUGGUGAAAAUGAUGAGAAAUAGUGAUAAAUUAUUUUUGUGAUAUUUUAAUGUUUUCUUCACUGAUGUAAAUGGAUCUGAAUGUUAAUCUAUUACAGUAUAUUAUUUAAAAAAAACUCAUGGAACUGGAAUAAACCCAUAUCCAGGUCAUAAUCUGGGAGGAUGGAUUUGUUAAGUCGAAAAUGAUGUUUUCACUGAGAGAAAAUAUGAACAAAAUAAAUAAACUGAUGACA